UGAAUUAAUAGUUCUCCAUCUACUUAUGGGAAAAACUCGUUGUUUUGAAUUGAAACCUAGAUAAAUAAAGUCUUUUUUUCGCGGUUUUUGCCGUUAGACAUAGCUCUGAAUACACAUUGAGAGUUUAUGUAUUAUAUAUUGGUUUAUGAAAAAUAUAAUGACAGUACUAAGGGCCCAUUUACAUGGUGCGAGACCUCGCUUGUAGAUAUCAUUUCAUUAUAUUGUAUUCAAUUCAUUUUACAUUUGUGUGUCUCCUUUUGUGUACCUGCUUACCUACAUGAAAAAUUAACUGAAUUUAGCCGAUUUCAAAACUUUACUGCAUGCUCUUCACGCUCCUCCAGUCCUGUUACUUUUUACCCAAUAAAAUUUUACGAUACCAAAUGUUUCCAUAUUAUAAAACAAAAACAUCAUUCUUUCCCAUAGUUUUUUUUAAGUAUUUUCUGAUACCUGCUCAAAGGGCCUAAAUGAAUGGACCCAACUCGACAAUUGAACCUUUUGGGGAUAUUCCUUACGGAUCUAUAAUUAUCUAUGACCAUUUUCAUUUAUAUAACAAACUACCUACUCGUUUAUGGGUAGAAUGAAGUAGAAUUUGUGGCCUUUUCAAUAAAAGACCUUAAAGUGUUAAUGUACAAAAUUGUCUUUGGCCUAAGAAAUGAUAUGGCCAUUUCACCGGUAGAAUCAAAAUGAGAAUUUAGAAAUCGAAAAUUUCAAAUAUAAAUUCCUUAUAGAUAAUAGCAUAGGUGACCGUGAGCUUCUCGAGAACCCGCCAGCAGAAGAGCAACAGGAGAACGCUGGAACGAGCGCCCAGAACGAGGAGCAGGGCGAUUUUUCUCCCAGUGCGUCCGACUGGGAACCUGAAGGGGAGUCUAGCUCUGAAGACUCAGAGGAAGAGGUGCAAGAUAAGAAAAUCAAAUUGGAGCGUCCAGCACGUCAGUAUUCCAACAAGACUGGCAGGAAAGUCCUCACGCCAACCCACAGACCCAAAGCGGUCAUCCCUAACGGAAUGCAGCAACUCGCCAUACAAAACUCCAUGAAAAGCAGAAAAUCUCACGACAUGAGACAGAAUCCGGCACAAAAAUACGGGCUGGUUGAUAAAGAAUCCGUACCAGAACUUAUAACUAGCAUGGAAUCUAUGUUUCAAGACUUAUUUACAAUAUUAAGUAAGAUGAAAUCUGACUUUAACUUAACCAAUAUUACAAAACAGAGUGCUUUAGAAGUUGGACCAGCGAUUUCUCAUGAUAAUUGUGAAUAUGUUAAGAAUGAGACGAAUUAUAAUGAUACGCAAGGGGAUGAGAGGAUGGAUAGCGAAUAUUCGGAUAGGUCGGAUGAUAACGUGUUGAUUACUAAUAGAUAUGACACAGUUGACAAGAAGCAUGCGAAAUCUGCGAAGAACGAAUGGGUGCCAAUUGGAAGUGGAACAACGCUGAUACACAGAGAUAAAUACAGAAAAGUGAAUUGGAAGUCGUAUACUGUCGCGACCCGGACGUUAUUGUUGGCAGCAUUCUCGAAAAGGAUACUGGCAACACAUUCUCUGACGGGGAAGAAAUCGCCGGCGUUCACGAACAAACCGGCAAAAAUGUGCCUCGACCCCAAAAUAGUCUCCGACAUCGUCAUAGAAAUUACAGACAAAUUUAAAGUCAAGGAUAAUUUAGUCAGGAGCAUUAUAACGACAAAAUGCGCGGACGAAUGUAAAAUGUAUAAAAUGCAGAAGAAUAAGCACAAUGCGGCAGAUAAAAAGAAGAGCAAGAAGGAGAAUAUACCGCCGGCGGCGAAUAAUACAGCUUAGGAUUUUUAUUUUUAAUUUAAUUGUUAAACUUGAGGUUACGCACAUUUAGACAUGCCCGAUUUUUCUUACCAUUAAAUACCGGGUGUCGCUAAAACCAUAGAUAAAAUAUAAGAUCAUUCCAUCCCAUACAUUAAAAUGAGAAUGCCUAAGAACGCGCAUACACUACACCACACAUAAUAGAUGGCGCCACAAAAAAAAUGCCUUGUUGCCAUCGAUUAUUUGUAGAGGGCGUUAAGGGACAUU